ACAGGCUUUCAAAUUGUAAAGACUGUGUUAAUCCCAGGGCCACCACUUCAAAUUGUAAAAUCUGAGGAAUUAACACCACUACCAAUUCCUCAGAUUGUAGAACCAAUAGGAGUCUCCUUAGGAUCAGCUACUGAUGUAAUGGAUUGUUUGGAUUUCUUCCCAAGGCCACAUCUUCAAGAAAUGGUAGAAACUGUAGAACUAACUCUGAGGCCAAAUACCAAAGAGAAAUCUUCAGAAUCACUCUCACAGCCAGCAUUUCCUUUGGAGGAAUCUACAGUGUUCACUCAUGAACAAGGGCUUCAGGCUGUGAAAGGAAUGGGGAUAAAAAUAGGGCCUCCUCAAAUCAUGGAAUGUGAGGAUUUGAAUCUAGUACAGGUAUAUCAGAAUAGGGAAUCUGAGGAUUUUAUUUCAAGAGAGGAGUUACAAAUAGGGAAUUAUUUCUCUAGAUUUCUACAGAACUCUUCAAACUUGCUCAUCUCAAGCUCUGUCGAAGCAUCUGAAUUAGGAAGCCUUUGUGAUUUGGAGAUGCCAGAAGUGUCAAGGGCCUUAGAUAUAAAAAAGUUUGGGACAGAUAUUUUGCAGUCUGAAGAAUAGUUUAUAGACCCUACUAUGAUACAAACUUCAACCCUUCCCUUGUCCCUUCACAAUCAACCCUCUGAUAAGAUAGCUAACAUUGUAGAUAUCCCACAUUUUGAGAUCCCAGGAGUGGGUGUCCUAUCUAAGAGGACUGAUAAGAAGCAGGUGGAGAAGCUAGAGAAUUCACUCCAGCGCCUAUCCCAACAUCCACUGCAAAGCUGGAGAUCACCAUCUAGGACCUUCCGGUCAGGAUCAGGAACUCAAAGAGGCCUUAACUGGUCUGUCUUGAGCAGACAACAGAAUGUCUGGGAGAAUCACUCCUGGAGACAGCGACUACCCAGAAAAUAUCUCUCCAAGAUGCUAGUGUUAGGGAAUGUCUUGGGAACCACUAUGGAAAGGAACCUUUAUUCUCAAACAUCUUUAACGGAAAGAGCCACUGCAGAUAUCUGUCAAUCUAUUCAGAAUUUAUUUAGGGUUCCUGCAGAACUGAUGGAACUUUCCAAGAGUCUGCUAGAGAAGAGUCGAAGUAUUAUUUCUCAGACUUCAGUGUCCAAAAAGUACAUUCAGAGACACACUUCCUAUCAUGGUCACGAACAAAGAAGAGCCUUAAGGAUGUGGACACAUAGCUCCAUGUCCUCCAUAAUACAGCAACACUCUGGGGCUAGUGCGAAAAUAAAGAAAAGUUUGAAGCUUAGUGAUAUAUCCCAGGAAGUCAUUCAGCACAUGCCUGUUUCAUGUACAGAGGGCCAGCCUCCUGUCCUAGUAAAUUUAGAGUCUUCCUUCAAUAUAGUUUUCACUAGGAAAGAUUCUGUUCCAAGGGAAGAGAGUGAGAACUCACAGAGUUCACAGACAAGGAUUUUUGAGUCCCAACACUGUCUCAAGCCAAGUUAUCUUCCCCAGGCCAAGACUGACUUGUCAGAACAGUUCCAGUUGCUACAAGAUCUGCGGCUAAAAAUGGCAGCAAAACUGUUAAGAAGUCAAAUACCCCCCAAUGCACCUCCACCUCUAACUUCAGGUCUGGUUUUAAAAUACCCUAUCUGCCUACAGUGUGGCCUAUGUGUAGGAUUUAAUUGCUGUCAUAAAUUACAGGGCACUUUGGUGCCUUACCUUCUUAUCUACCCACAGCUCCACCUUGUAAGCACUCCCGAAGGACACAGAGAGAUUAAGUUGUGUCUUGGCUUUAGGUUGCAAACUGGGAAAAGAUCCCAAGUCCCAAAGUGUCACAGAAGAGACAGAUCCAUCACACCAAGGAGUUCUAUGUCACCAUCACUAAGGAAAGCUAAAGUCUAUACUCGAGCUUCCAAGAGUCCUACUUCUACAGUGGAUUUCCAGUCUAUAUCUUCCCAGUCUCCUGCUCCUGUACAAGUCCACAUCAGGCAAAGACAGUAUAGGAACCCUGCCCUAGCAGGAAAGACGACAAUUGGAGGGCCAGGGCACUAUGAGUUUACUCAAGUUCACUCUCUACCAGAGAGUGACUCUGAAAGCAAUCAGGAUGAAAAAUGGGCUAAAAGGUGAACCAAAAAGACCCGUAGUUCAAAAUACCCAAAGAAAAGAAUCACUAUGGGAGGCAGAACACAAAACACAAAGUUCUACACAAAUGGUAGAACCACAAUACGGAGUUCUUCUUGGGAUUUAACAGCCCAGUUAAGAAGGAAGAGGAAUGGAGCAUCUCAGACAACCACUGCCUCUUCAAAAAGACAAUCUAAGAAAUCCUCCCAACCCAAAUUCAUUCAACGGCUUUUUCAAGGUCUAAAGCUUGCAUUCCAGACAACACACAGAAUUAUGGCUUUUGCUGGACAGAAGCCUGAGGACAGGUCAAUGCCAGACCGUUUGCGUUCAAGCAAAAACCACCAUCCAAAACAAAAAGCCAGAGAUUAUUCCUCAUCAAGAGAUAUCAAAAGAGAUAGGAUGUCAGUUUUUAAGCUAAAGCCAAUAGACAUAACCACUAAGCAGGAGAAGAUGUUAUGGGAAGAAAUACAGCAAUUCAGAUCGGCUCAACAACCAAAAAGAGGUGGCUCUUUCCAAUGUAGACAUACCCAAUGACCCAAGCCCAUAGUUUCCCAAAGAAGUGCUAUUUUCAAAACCACUUCAGUCAGACGGGCUGUGGUUAUUGUUCAAAACGACAAUAGCAGCAAAGGUAAGAAAUCUCCUACAGAUGUGAAAUCUCUAGCCAGGAGUCCAAGAGCUCCAAAAUAGGAACCAGAGUUCAAGCCAGCGGGAGAAAUCUACAUGGUUCACUUAAGAGAACCUCACACAGUCGCCUUAAAAAGAAACUCACAACCAAGAAGCAAAACCACCAUAGCUUCUUAAGGGAGAGAACCCCAUGUAAUUCCUCUGAAAGGAGCCAUACCAGUCCCUCUGAGGGGAGCCUUUGAAGUCCUUCUCUAAAGAGGCAUCACAGUCCCUCUGAGAGGAACCAUCAGAGUCGUUCCCUAAAGAGCCAUCACAGUCCCUCUGAGAGGAGCCUUCGAAGUCCUUCUCUAAAGAGCCAUCACGGUCCCUUUGAGAGGAGCCACCGAAGCCUUCUUCAGAAGAGACAUCACAGUCUCUCCGAGAGGAGCCUUCGAAGUCAUUCUCUAAAGAGCCAUCACAGUCCCUCUGAGAGGAGCCACCAAAGUCUUUCUCAGAAGAGACAAAACAGUCCCUCUGAGAGGAGCCAUCGAAGUCUUCCUCAGAGGAGCCAUCACAGUCCCUCUGAGAGGAGCCAUCGAAGUCCAUCUCUAAAGAGCCAUCACAGUCCCUCUGAGAGGAGCCAUCGAAGUCCUUCCCUAAAGAGCCAUCACAGUCCCUCUGAGAGGAGCCACUGAAGUCCUUCCCUAAAGAGCCAUUACAGUCCCUCUGAGAGGAGCCUUCAAAAUCCUCCUCUAAAGAGUCAUCACGGUCCCCCUGAGAGGAGCCACCGAAGUCUUCCUCAGAAGAGACAUCACAGUCCCUCUAAGAGGGGCCACUGAAGCCAUCUUCAGAAGAGACAACACAGUCCCUCUGAGAGGAGCCACCGAAGUCCUCCUCAGAGGAGCCAUCACAGUCCCUCUGAAAGGAGCCAUCAGAGUCCCUGUGAGAGGAGCCAUCGAAGUCUUCCUCAGAAGAGCCAUCACAGUCCCUCUGAGAGGAGCCACUGAAGUCUUUCUCAGAAGAGAC